GAUAAAUACUACGUUCGUACAUGCGCAAGCUGACAUCUUCUGAAUGUCCGGUUGGCGCCGUAUGUUAGGUGCGUUGAUCGCAGCUGAUGAUACAAGUUGUCAAUGUUAUGAACAAAACAUCUGAUUUGUGUGAAUACGAAGCAAAUCUUGUGCGUCUUUUUACAUCCGACGACGGAAGGAAAUGACAGGAGCGGCUGGAAUUGAGAGCAUCUAGGUACUAAUCGAAGGGUACCCUCGAACAAAUCAAUGGCAUAAAUGCGCUCGGCUAUCAGUGUUAUUCUGUCGAGUCCGGUGCCCGACAACAAGAUGUCCCAUCCCGAUUACGAGCAAACUGCCCACGAUCACGCUGCUCUUCUGCUGCUGCUGAGACCGAUCGGCACGCAGAUCAAGCCGAAGACGGUCAGCAAAUUAUGUGAGAGAAUCAUCAAGGCUGGCAGCAGGUUCUCCGUGUCAGAUUCCAGUGGCGGCACUCGGGAAAUCCUUGCCAGGUUCGUCAGAGAGCAUCCCGUGGAAAACAACGACUGGGGAGACUUUCAGACUCAUCGAAGACUAUUGGGUCUGAUUACGUUUGGCAAGUAUGACAAUCAGGCUGAGUUGAACGAGCUGUGCAGAGUGCACGAAACCCUGAAGGUGAAAUAUGUUAGCACACUAUAUGAUUCGCGAGCUGUUCUCUUUGGUCCUGCGGAAUCGAAUGGACGCCACGAGCCACCACUAGAUUUUACUACACCUAGCAAUUUCAAGACACGAGCGGUGUUUUACGCAGAUGAAACGUGUCCUGAUCUGGAAGUACAAAUAGCCGAAUAUCUUAAUUUUCUUUUCUGGAUUUUGGAGUCGAAGAGAUUGGAGCGUUCUAAGGAAAGAAUAGACCGUGUCUCUCUUCUGUUAGCUCCUUUUGAAAAGAAAGAUUUUAUAGGAUUGGAUCUUGAGUCUAGAAAUAAUAAGAAAAGAUGCGUGGGUCGUAUGACAAAGCAUUUAGGAGACCUGUGUCUUCAAGCUGGUCUUCCAGCUGAUGCAUUGAACAAUUAUAAUUCCGCAGCCAACAUUCUGCAAGCAGUUAAUGACUGGCUGUGGUUAGGAGCAGCGUAUGAAGGUCUGUGUGCUGCUUCAGUUUUAGUUCUUUAUCCUAAUAUGUGUCGAAGUCUUCCAUUGCAAAGAAAUUCCUCCUUGCAGGAAGGAAGUCCAAGUAAGCAAAGACGAGGAUCACAAGCUGUCACAGUUCUGCCAUCUCCACCUAGUAUAGAGAUAGUAAAGUCUAACAUGCCACAUAUUUUGCUACCUGAAGAAAUAUCUAAGAAAUAUCGUGAAGCUAUAGUACAUUAUAGUAAAUAUCAAUAUGCAGGUAUAAUUGAAACUGAAGCUAGUUUCAAAGCCACAAGAAUCUCAAUAGAACAGAACUGCACCUUGCAAGCAGCAUCAUAUUUAAAUAAUGUUGUUCUAAUCAAUUUACCUCUCAGUGAGCAAGAAAAAAUUGAUCGAUUUACUACAUUAUCAGAUUUGUAUACAAGUUUUGGAUUUGAUAGAAAAGCUUCAUUCUGUUUACGAUUAGCUGCCACACGUCAUGUAUCACAAAAUAAUCCCAAUCCAGACUGGCAGCAAUGUUAUAACUUAAUGCUACAAGCUACAUCCGGUUUUAAACUAUCUUUAGAUCCCGUUGAUAUGCCACCAGAUGGACAAAGGGGAUGGCCUGCUAUACAGAUUCAAAUAAUAAACGAACUUGUUGCUGCUGCGAACAGAAUGGGUAAUCCUGCACUUGCUACAAGGCAUUUGACAUUUUUACUUCAGACAAUGUACAAUCAUCUGACAUCCAAUGAACGAAAAGAUACCGCACUACAGCUUCAAAAUGUAUCUCAACAGUGUGAGGGCGCACCCGUUCCCCUUGUUUUAGAUUCUGGUACCGUCAUACCACCGGCUAAUUUGUUAAAUAUACCAAAAACAAAAUUGUUUACUCUGAAAAACAUGCAGCCACAUUUGCAGCCUCAAAAAAUAGAAAGAGUAAAAGAAGAUCAUGGUCCAUUUUUGUUUACUCCAAUUAAUUUUGGGUCGCUAGAGCGCAAAAAUACUUCGAAAAGUAAAGUUGAUUAUUUAUGGGUGGAAGGAGACAUUUGCGAGGUAUCGAUGCAGCUCAUAAAUCCUUUGCCGUUUGAACUGCAUGUGUCAAAUAUGAGACUCUUGACGAAUGGUGUGGUAUUCGAAUCGAUACCGGAAAGUAUUAGCCUGCCUGCUGAAUCCGGACCAAUCGCUGUUACGUUAGCAGGCAGACCUAAGGAAAUUGGAGACUUAGAAAUACUUGGAUUUAGCACACACACGUUAGGAGUUAAAUCUAACUGUAGAUUGAGACAUAUGGAGGGUAUGUUACACCCUCAAUAUACGGUCGAAGUCAUUCCAGCUUUACCAAGAAUUGAUGUCGCAACUAGUCUGCCUCAAACUGCUAGUUUUAGUUCGGGCGACAAUAUAGUUACUAGCGCGAGCAUAUCGCUUUAUGGCGGUGAAAGUGCCGAAUGUACCGUUACAAUAACGAACGGCGGGCAAGUUCCUAUUGAAAUGGUCGAAUUAUCAGUACAGUCCGCCUUGGACGCUGCAACCGAAAGUAAAAUUUUCAAAUGGAGCGACGAGAAUCUGAAAACACAAUUACCUUUACAAGCGGGCAAUAGUGCGAGUCUUACUUUAUAUCUUUAUGCAGCGACAGAUUUUGUAACACCAUCGAUUAGAAAUGAUAUUAUUAGCAGUACCUGUCUUAGUCAGCCAAGCAGUUUAAUGUCACAUUCGGGCCACAGUUCUUUGCCAUCUAGACUUAGUUCUCCAUCUCAUCAUACAAAAAGACAAUCUGAACUCACUUCCUCCUUUAGAUCGGGAGUAAGUUCGCAUUCCGGCCAUUCUUCCUUGGCAAGCACGCGUUUGUCAAAACUCGCAGUACCUUUGCACACAUCUAACAUUAUCGAGGGCCAAUUAAAAAUCAAGUAUUCAGGAGGUGCAGGUUUAGUAGCUGGUUAUUGUAGAACUUCGUCUGUUUUUAUAACUAUUGAGAUGCUACCUAGUGUGCAAAUUACUAAUUGGGAUGUACUACCAGCCGAAACACCAUUGCAAUUUUAUCUUGUAUUGGACGUGACAAAUAUGACAAAUCAUGAAAUGGAACUGCAUUACACGCAAAAUAAAUGUAUAUACAUGGAAGGUAAAGAACCGUGUAGAAUUCCUGUUCCAGUUGACAGAUGUCCGCUUAGUAAAUUGUCUACGUUGAAUGGUGCCGGUGAUCUCAGUGAACUCCAGAAAAUAUGUGCUGAGCACAUAGCCUCGCUAGUCGACUUGCGCUGGCAAUUAUUAGGUACCGAGUCAACGGGAAAAGCAACUCUAUCCGGUAUUACGCUAACUCAGGAUAUGUUAGAUCUAGUCAGAAUGAGUCCUCUACAGUGGGAAAUAACAAUUAACGAUAAUAUCGUAAAAGCGCAAGAUGAACUGACUUAUGCUCUGGGUGAAUGUAUCAGUGUCGGUGUGGGAGUGUGCAAUGCUCUAGAACAUCCGCUAAAUGAUCUUAUGUUAUCUAUUAAUUUCUACCAGGAUCAUCACAAUGGAGUAAAUAAUUAUCAAUUAGAAACAAGAUUGUCUAUAGCCGGAGCAAAUAAAGUCAUGCUACCUGUUUUGCAGGAAUACGGCAGAGCUUAUCACGAGUGUCGAGUGGUAUUUUUCACAGCUGGUCAGUAUAAAAUCGAUAUUCAAUGCAGUAGUAAAGAAUCCGCUCCGACCUCUCCAAUACUCUAUUCCGAACUCGUAAAUGCCGGUCAUACGUGGCGUUACAUACCACCCAUCGAAAUAACCGUCGACGAUUAUUAAUACAAGUAUUCGUUCAUGUUUAUAAAUAUCAUAUUAAAUUGUAAUAUUUGUAAAAAAAAAAAAGAAAAAUGUAUUAAUUAUAUAUAAAUA